GGCUUAACUCCUGCACUUCCGGGUUAGUGUUGUUUGCUGAUAAGAGCAUAAGAGUCGACUGGAGGUCAUGUAAUAAAGUGUGUCUCUGGACUUGUUGACUCGUAAUCCGCGUAAUCCCAUGGCUACUGUAAAAACAUUAUUGUUUGUGUAAUCGUGCUGUGCUUCUUGGAUCAGUCAUGUCGCAAGCUUCGUCUGGGUUCACUCCGGCUGCUCCAGUCCCACAGGGGUCUAGUAAGGGUUCUUUCAGUGCCUCGUAUAUUCCCAAUGAAGAAGAGAGGCGAGUCUUCAGAGAGUGCAAUUCAGAAAGCCUCUGGUACAGAUCCUUGCCAUUUUCUGCCAUUGCAAUUGCAGCCACUCAGGUAAUGGUUUCAAGAGGAAUCCUUACUCCAUCACCCAGAUUCGGCUCUCUUCCCAAAGUUGCAUUUGCUGGCAUGUUUGGAUACAUUACUGGGAAAAUGUCUUACAUGAGGGUCUGUGAAGAAAAGUUUCGGAAGCUGGAGAACUCCCCACUGGGAGAGGCACUACGACAGAGGCGUCUGCAUCACAUGCCUUCAGAGCUUAACCAGUUUGAGGGUGCAAACCCAUCAGAAUCUCAACAGUCUGUUUCGGAGUCAGCUUUCCAACCUUCAACAGAAGUCAGUUCUAUGCCUGAGAGCGACAGCAGUUACACCAGUGACUAUACCUACAGCAGACCCUCCCAAUCAUAUGACCCCACUCCUUUCAGUUCUGGAUUCAGUGAUUCUGGGCCUGUUAACAUCAGGGAUGAUAUUUCUCCUCAAGCUCCGCUCUAUCCAGAUGAGGAUGUGCCCAAAAAGAAGCCAGUGUUGUAUGAGGAACUACGUAGCAAGAAUAGAGAGAACUAUGAGGUCACUCUCACACAGAAAGCUGAAACACAGAUGAAACCACAAACAGUGGCACCAGUACCUAAGAAGGAAGUUAAAAAGAACCAAUAUGGAGAUGCUUGGGAAGAGUAAUCAACUGUUUGAGGAGCUCAAGAUCUCGACACAGUGACUUCUGUGGAGUUGUCAUGACUCCUUCUGCCAGAUUAGACCAAAAGCUGCAAUCGAAUGCUGAAUGUACUUUGAGUAAAACGCCAUUUUUAAAAUGAA